AGUAUUUGAGGAGACGGUGAAUUGGUAAUCGCACGAGUAUUCUUACGCAGGCCGACGCAUAAACAUUAUGUACAAUUAAUAAUAGCGAGUAGAGCGUGUGGGCCGACAGAUAGGAAGCAUCCUGUCUGAUAAGAAGCAUCAAGGCACAUAGAUAACAGUUAACAAAAUCCAGUUUCCUUCAGGCCAGCGUGCCGUUACUCCGCUCCUCGAGUAGCGGUAGUGCUCUGUUUUCGAAAUCAUAGUUCGAAUAGUGAGACAACAUGACGACACCUGUUCUCUUAUUUCUCGUCGCUUUGCUUUUGGUACAUACAACAACUUUCAUAUCUUAUCGCAUCGCCCGCUAAUUUCGAUCCCCGUUCGAUUCUCCUCCGAAUCAUUGCAUGCCAAUAUUUUUUACGCGUAUCGAUACACGUGGUGGGCGAUUAUUCAACUUAGAUCGCUCCGUGAGACGAGCGGGCGAAUUAUGAUAUCGAAGUAAAAUGAAAAGAAUAAUUAUUAUUCAUCGAUUUGCGAAAACAAGUUUGAACGCUAAAACAACGUUUGAACGCUAUGCACGACGUGUGUCCUGUCGCCAAUAAGAUUGACCCGCGUUAUGUUCAGGAUCGGUCUGCAGGACAGAUUAUCGAUAUCGGUGGUGUGUGGGAGAUACGAUGUCCGCAAGGGUGUACUUGCGAGAUCCAAAAGUUCUCCUAUCUGCCUCUACACCAGUGGACUGAUACUUAUAGAGAUAAAGAUCAGGAUCCAUCCUUCGACGAUCAUGACGGCUUCAACGACGCGAAUGACGAUGACCAUCCUAUGGCUCACGAAUUACUCAAAAUUGCCACGUGCGUAAUUGUCGAAGAUCCCAAGGAACUUUUGGAUAGGCUCCCUUCGGACAUACAGAUUCUCACGUUACUUGAGUCCGGUAAUGGGGAAGUUGACAUCCCUCUGCGAGCUACGACGUUUCAACGCUUUACAGACUUGAUAUCACUGGACAUUCAAGGGAUAGAUUACAGCGAUCCGUCCGUAAAAGAGGCGAAUAAUCAGACGAGAAGGGAGAAGGGCGGGAUUCGCCUCUCGCCCGACACCAUGUUCCCUCUCGGGCUGACUUUGCUCUACUUGAAUUUGGAGCGAGUUAAGCUGACGAGCCUGGACAUGCCCAACAAGAACAAGGCGAAUUUAGUGAUCAAGCCGGUGAACGCGUACAAAAGCGAGACGGUGGAGGACGAUCGAGUGCCUGCGAGCAAUGCCAGCCAACCGAAGGGGCACAGGUUGAUAUUCCUGAGCCAGCAAAACAGCGGGGAGAGCGAAGACAAGGAGAUACUGCCUUACGAUCUCUACAAGCAGGAACUGGAGGGCUACCGGGAUAACGUCGAGCUGUUCGCCGCUCUCGGCGCGCUGACGCACUUGAGAGUGUACGACUGCGCCCUGACGGACUUGUCCUGGCACAUGUUCGACGGUCUCAACAGCCUGCUUUACCUCUCGCUCGAGAGGAACAGUCUGAAGUUCAUUCCUGAAUUCUGCUUUUACGGCACGCCGAAUCUGAGGUCGCUGUCGCUCGCGGGUAACGAGCUGCUCACGCUGAAGAGCGUGGACUUGGCGGGGCUGCUGGUGUUGGAGCAUCUCGACCUGCGGCAGAAUAAUCUGACGUUUCUGUCGGAGCUGUCGUUCCCACCGUUUCCGGCCCUCCUAACCGCCGAUUUCACGGACAACCCUCUCGACUCCGUUUUCCCAAGUACUUUCGAGAUCAUGAACACGACGGUGAAACUGUACCUCGGCGGCGAGGCAUCGAGGCUGAAGCUGCAGAAGGACUCGUUGCUGGGCCUACGUCAAGCCGAAAUAUUGCAUCUGUACAAUCUCGAGAUACCCGUUCUGGAGCGCUACAUCUUGCACGGGAUGCCGGCGCUGACGCAUCUCAGGAUGCGGGGAAACGUCACGAGCAUCGACUUCGACGCGUUCGUCGAUCUUACAAAUCUGCUGGAUCUGGAUCUGAGCCGGUGCCACGUCCGAAGGAUCUCCAUGGACGCGUUCUACGGUCUGGAGAGAGUCCGAAGAAUCGAUCUGUCGGACAACGAUCUGGAGUCCGUACCGCCCGGCUUGUUCACCGUUCAGCAGCAGAGGGAACUGCGGGAAAUCCUGCUCACGAGAAACAAAUUAACGUCACUGCCUCUCGACUUCUUCAGGAAUCUCAGGUCACCGAGUAAACAGACGCAAGUGCAAAACUUGAGGCUGGACGGCAAUCCUUGGGAUUGCACGUGCACGAUGACCAAUUGGAACCCUCACCUGGUCAACAGAAACAAGGAGACAGCCCCCCGAUGUUCGACGCCAAAACGACUGCAGAAUUGGGGGGUUUUCUAUGCGUUACGCAAGGGUGGCUUACAGUGUGGUAACCUGAAGAAACGGUACCUCCGGAAGUCUCUGAAGACAAGGAACUAUGAAGAGGACAACAAUAUCAGUUAGCUAGUUUCUCUUUCAAUUGUACGUAUACAUCAACGAGACACAAAGAGAGAUAUAUAUUGAAAAUUCUUAUAAACUAUGCCGCACACAAUUUCUAGAGAAAUGUACUUUACAUGCCAUUUUUUUCUAGGUAAGUAAAACUGCACGUAUAGCAAAUUUCUGUCGAAGUUAUCUAAAACCUUUUCUCGAGAGCCUCAUAUAAUUAUUCGAUAAAUAAUAACGCUGCGUGCCCGUAAAUACGAUAAACAAGCGAGACUACAAAAUUAUAGGCGUACCU